AUGAUUUCUGAUAUAAAAGCGUUUAUCAAAAAGCUUCAGUUUUGGGAACAAACUUUAAUCGAUGGCGACACCCGGCACUAUCAUGUUCUUUCAGAAAAGAUAUCACAAAGUCCAUUAGAACCAUGUGACAGUAAAUAUCAUGUAGAAAUAGUCUCUAACUUGAAGGAUGACUUCAAAAAUCGUUUCAAGGAUUUCAACGAAAUUGCUAUAGUGGCGCAAUUGGUUGUUUCACCCUUCAUGGAAAUUGAUAUCCAACAGUUUGCAACUUCUGUUACGCAGAAUUCUAGCGAAGAUACCGCUGCGACAGCAGUUGCAGUGAUUCAUUAG